GGGACCGGAAGACCAUUUCCGUGAGAUCCACCAAUAAGUCACCAUGUAUGAGGACUGCGUGAAGUCCACUGAAGACUAUUACCUCUUCUGUGACACCGAGGGGCCAUGGGCCAUUGUGCUAGAGUCCUUGGCAUCUAUUGGCAUAGUGGUCACAAUUAUACUUCUCUUGGCCUCUCUCUUCCUCAUGAGAAGGGUACAAGACUGCAGCCAGUGGAAUGUCCUCCCCACCCAGUUCCUCUUCCUUCUGGGUGUGCUGGGGCUCUUUGGACUUGCUUUUGCCUUCAUCAUCCAGCUCAAUCAACAAACCGCCCCUGCACGCUACUUUCUCUUUGGGGUCCUUUUUGCUAUCUGUUUUUCAUGCCUCUUGGCUCACGCCUCUAACCUGGUGAAGCUGGUCCGGGGUAGAGUGUCCUUCUGUUGGACAACGCUUCUGGGGAUUGCUAUUGGUCUCAGUCUGUUGCAGAAGAUCAUUGCUAUUGAGUACGUGACACUCAUCAUGACCAGAGGAAUGAUGUUUGUGCACAUGACGCCCUGUCAGCUCAAUAUGGACUUUGUCGUCCUCCUGGUCUAUGUCCUCUUCCUGAUGGCCCUCACAUUCUUUGUCUCUAAAGCCACAUUCUGUGGCCCAUGUGAGAACUGGAAGCAGCAUGGACGGCUUAUCUUUGUCACUGUGCUUGUCUCCAUCGUGAUCUGGGUGGUGUGGAUCUCCAUGCUCAUGAAAGGCAACCCGGAGCUCCAGCGACAGCCCCAGUGGGACGACCCCGUCAUCUGCAUCGGCCUGAUCACCAAUGCAUGGGUUUUCCUGCUGCUGUACAUCAUACCGGAGUUCUGCAUUCUGUACAGAUCGUGUAGACAGGAGUGCCCUUCACCAGCCAACGCCUGUCCACUCCCAGCCUACCAACGCAGCUUCCGGGUGGAGAACCAGGAGCUCUCCAGAGCCCGAGACAGUGAUGGAACUGAGGAGGAUAUAGCGUUAACUGCAUAUGGUACUCCCAUUCAGCUGCAGAAUGUUGAUCCCACACAAGAGUAUCUCAUCCCACGGGCUGCCCUAAGUCCCCAGCAAGAUGCAGGAUUGUGA